AUGGCAGCCCUCCGGCGAUCCCAAAGGUUAUCGAAAAAAGUCAAUACACAGGAAGUGGUCAAUCAGCAGAGUGGGAAACCUCUAGUCGCUCAGAUCGACAAAAAGCCAGGAAUUCUGCCAAAGAAGAGAGUCCGGCUUGCUCGCCGCUCCAGAGCCCCAGCAAAUACACAAAUGAUAGAACGCCGCCAAGUGAUGCGCCAGCACGCUUCGACAACACCAAGAGAAGUCACAGCAGACGGAAGAUUAUCCGACUAUUCGGGCGAUGAACGAGACUUGGAUGGAUUAUCUGACCGAACAAUACAUGUCGCAACAACGAUCAAUCAGCCAAAUGGAACGAAAUGCGGAAAUCAGAAUCAAAUGUGUUGUACUGUAUCAAACGAUGAGGACUCUGGUUUAAUCAGGACAUUUCGGGGCUUUGAACACGAUGGCUCUCCAGAGACUGGUCUAGACGACGAAGUGACAGAAUGGUUGCUGGAAAUUGAUCAGGUCCUGGGCUAG